AUGUUAUUCUUUUAUGACUAAUCAAUCUCACUAGGGUUCAAGCAGGAAAAUCUCGCAAAUCUGUUUCAAGAAAAUAAAAAAGAAAAAGAAAAAAAUUAAUUAAAAUAAAUAAAAAGAAAAAAAGAUAAUAAAAAUUAAGAAAAAGAUUAAUAAAAUCUCUCAAUACGAACAAAUAAACAAACAAACAAACACAUAAAAUAUUAAUUAAAGCAAUAGAAAAACCAAAUCUUACAAAAAAAAACAAAAAUCUUACAAAAACCUCCCCAGGAAAAAACCAAUGAUAAAAACAAAUAAAUAUCUUUCAAAAGACAAACAACAUAAACAAAUUAGAAACAGAGACCAAGCAUGCCAAAUUUUUUAAUUGAAUAAAUUAAAAUAAUUAAAAGGAAAAUUAAAAGCCAAAAAUGA